GUUUUAUUGACAUUUCCUUGACCUAUGAUAAGCCGUAAUAACAAAAGUUUGAUUGGGUUAUAUUUGGAUUUAUUUGUAACAGAAACGCAGCAUUGUUAAAUUUAUAAUGAGGUUCUUAAUUGCAUCAUGCCUAUUGAUUUCCAGUAUCAUUUGUUUAAAGGCUGCACCAACGAUGACAGCCGAAGAACAACAAAAAGAAAUAAAAAAAAUUGAAAAAUUUCAACGAGAAUGUACAAAAGAAGUAAACAUCGAUACUGUCACUAUGUUCAAAAAUAUGAACAAUUUUGGCACUACAGUGGAUCCGAUAUAUAUGGACUAUUUAUCAUGUUACUAUAAAAAACUAGGUUUUCAAGACGUAGAUGGAAAAAUUGAAUACGAGAAAAUGCUCGAUUUCUUUGGUGUUUUUUCCGUAGGAGUAGAUCGUUCGUAUAUAAUCAAUAAAUGUAAAGAUACUAGGGGAUCUAGUCACGGUGAAAAAGCCUAUAGUGCAAUGAAGUGUGUAGUGAAUAAUAUACAAUAAUAAUAAUGAUAUAUCAAUAUAAAUUUGAUGUUUCGAUUCUCACUACGGAAAUCAUUUUCAAAAAAAUAUUAUUUUAAAAA